UAUCUGUGAUAUAUCAUCAUGCGGUCGGAACUAAAAUUAAGCUGCGUAAUGGGUACGUAUAGCUGGGUUUGUGUGCCGUGUUGGAAUAGGAAAAAAGAACUGUUAAAAAGUAACCUAUGGAAGGCUGCUUUCGUAGUUUUGAAACAAGAUUCUUGUAUAUUGUUGUCUUAAAAGUGCUGAGAUUCUUCAGUUAUUUAACUGUUAUUACUUGUGACUUUACGAUUGGAAUCCGAGACUGGUUCCUGAUAUAUCUGUGUCUUCAACAAGAGUAAAACUUAGAAUUUACCAUUAUGAAUUUUGUUCCACCACUCAGUAUUUCCACAGAGAGCAACAUUUCCCACAGUAUGACGAAAUCAAGACAUGCAUUACUCUUGAAGAAAUUCAAUGAAACCAUUUUUGAAAGGAAUUUUUUAACAGAUGUCGUAUUGGAAGUGGGUGAUCACGUUUACAAAGCUCACAAGUUAGUUCUUUCAUGUUUCAGUCAUUACUUGAAGAGACUUCUUGACUCUGAAGGAAGAGAACCAUAUCGAUUAGUGAUACCUAAGGUGGGAAGAGAAGAGAUAGAAAUACUGCUUCAAUACAUGUAUACUGGAAAACUUAAUUUAACUUGUGAAAAUUUUUUUGAAGUAUACAAAGCCGCCGCUAUGCUGGAAAUGGUGGAAGUUACGCAAGAAUGUAUUCAGCUGUUGGAACCUAAAGGAGACAUCAAAAGUUGUUUUUACUCAUUCAUUGCGGCAAAAAAGUUACAAAAUGACACAGCGUAUCUAAAAGCUCGGAAACACCUAGCACACAGAUUUGAAGAAACAAUAACUUCACCGGAGUUUUUAAAUUUUGACGUAAAUAGUAUUCUGGAACUAAUAUCCAGCCAAACUAUUGGGACUCGAAGCGAAAUGAUCAUAUUUUUGUCUGCUUUGCAUUGGUUGAAUAAUGAUUAUACACAGAGAUCCAAAUAUGUUGUAGAAGUGAUGCGACGCGUGCGUUUCAGCUGCAUGAGUAUGAAUGAAAUUAUAGCAUGUUAUCAUCCACCAAUUUUGCCACAGAUUUUGGAAAUACCCGAAAUUGUGUUGCUCUUAUAUAGAGCCACAUGUUACAUUACAGCUAAGUUUUUGGGGCAAGAGAAUCUUUUCAGACAAUAUGAAGUCCGUAAAAGAAAUUUCUUGUUUGAGGAACUACCGAUGGAUAUAUGGCAUGACCAUCAGCAUUCUGGAGGUAUAAAUAUAACGCCGCAACAACAAGAGGAUAAAACUCGAAACAGCUCUUCAGACGGAACUAUUUCAAUACAUACAACUGACUGCUCAUAUUAUAAGAAAAGUGCUAGCCUCACAAAUAAAGAAACAAUUUUUUCUGAUAAUCAUCCGUUGCAAACAUGUGCAGAUUUUAUGAGAUCGGCAAAGAAGAGAUAUUCAAAUGUUAUACCUGCUGAGAAAGAAAGUUUUGAAACAGCAGAAAUUUUGGAUAAUAAUUACUAUGAUUCUAGAUUGCUGAGAAAUUCUGAUUUAUACAGAAGGAAUGUGGAAAGAAGCCCAUUAAAAGCGUGUGGACCCGAAACAAUUCAUAUUAAAGUGGUGAAUGAGGAAUCUUGUGCAAAAUAUCCAGACCAAAAACACGCACCAAUAUCCUCCAAAAAGAAAGCUCAUCCACAAAUUUUUUCUCCAGAGAAGAUUACAAGCUUCUCUAAUGGACAAAGACUCCUUAAUCAAGAAUCUACAGACCAAUAUGAUGAGCACUAUUUGCACAAGGCGUACAUCAAUUUUGAUCGGAAAGCAAAGAGACAUCAAAGAAAUAUAUGCCCAGAGAACGAAUUAAACAUUGAACCAGUGCAUUCGGUGGUAACUAAAGGUACCGCCACUUUAAAGAAAAUAUCACCAAAAAGUUCAACUUUUGAUUCUUUAAAAUUUAGUACAACUCCCAAACAAUGUCGUCCAGAAGUGUUUGUAAAGAAACAAAGAUCUACCUUUGAAUCUAAAUCCCACUUACCAGAUGUUAGAAUUCAAAUCGUAUCACCUGAAAGUUUACCAGAAAAGGAACUGGGGUCAUCAGAAAUUCGAAAACAAAACAAAUCGUUUCUACACGAAGCCAAAUCAUUAGACCAACAACUGAAACCAAAAGAGUUUCAUGAGGCAGCAGCCAAGCUUACCAAAAAGAAAAUCGUUAACUAUUCCGAUACUGUGGUGAAAAUGAAAAAUGUUUCACCGAAAUAUUAUCAACACGAUGAACAGCUACCAAAUUUUAAAGUUUUGAAACAAAUCGAAAGACAAUCAGUCUCGAAUUUGGACUUCAAUAGACUUUACUCCGCAAGUAAAACAAUCUUUAAGGAUUGCUUUCCUCAAUCGGAGGAUGAUUCACACAAGAUGUUAGGGGACGAACUAACAUUAAAACAAGCCAGAGAAGUUGAUGAAGAAUUUAUAACAUAUGUGCUUCAACCAUAUAAUGAAGAUGUUAGGAUGGACGAUGACAAAUGUAAAGAAUCAGAAGUUGUACAAUUUAGCUAGGAUUGUGCGAUCAAUAGACAUGGUACCUUAAAUUAAACAAUUUAUCAAGGCAGCUCAACUUAAUUUCAGGAUUAUACACAUAAGAAGACAAUCGAAGAGAUUGUUAAGAAUAAAAGAAGCUUUUAAGUGCAAAAUACAACUACAUUUUUUAGAAAUUUAAAAAACA